AUGCCGCCCAUCCUCGUGCGAAAGCGCUCGCGUUCACCGGAGCCGCCACCGGAGCCGCCACCGAAACGGGUGCGCGCCCGCAACCCUCCAGCAGCCACUCAACGAGGCAGAGUAUCUGUCUUCCAGACCUUGGAUGCACCCCCCAAAGUCAAGCGCACACUGUCGCAGACAAGGGCUCUGUUGGACCAAGGCGAUGACGCCGACAGCGAGUCGCCAGAAUCGGAUAGCGCCGACGGCGAGAGCAACGACAGCGAAGACGACGAGUGGGAGGAUGCGCUCGGCGCACACCACCACCACCAUGGCUCAGAGCCGAACCACGGAGCUGCACCCGUCAUCACCGGAGACAUUGCGCUGACUCUGUCUGCCGCGCCCAAAUCCGCCUUCGACACACAAGCAGACGCAAGGAAAGGCCCGUCAAAGGCCCAGCGGCAGAUACGAAGUGCCACGCACUGCUUGCAUGUGCAGUAUUUGAUGUACCACAAUCUAUCAAGAAACGCCUGGAUCCAGGACGGCGAGGUUCAAAAGACACUGGUGCAAGCUAUGCCCCCCGGUUGCUGGCGCGAACUGGAAAAGUACUGGAACGAUGCCGGGAUCCGACAUGGGCCCAGCCGUGUGGUAGUACAAAAACCACCCAGCCCUUCCGAGAAAGAACUUGAAACACCAAGGGGAAAGUGGAAGGAUAGCGGAAAGAAUGGCGUCCAAGUGUAUCAAAGUCCACAAAAGCAAAGCAACCUUUGCCAUGAUAAGAAACAAGCCCAGGACAAGAAGACCUCUGAGAGGGACAAAAGGACCCGCGACUGGAGCACAGCAUCUGAGCCGCUCGAGCAAAAUACACCAAACCUCUCCGCUGGUGACCCCCUUCUGAGGCUCCUUAGGUAUCUGUCAGCUUAUUGGAAGUCCAAGUUUCAAGUCACUGUUCCCAGUCUGCGAAAGCGUGGUUAUCUAUCACCAUCGGCGUUAGAGGCUGAGAUCAACGCAUGGAAGGACGAUCCCCACUAUCCAUAUCUUUUCGGUGAGCGCAUCGAAAACAUUAAUGCUUUUCGAGAAUGCGCAAACACGUGUCAGGGCAGUAGAGAUGUUGGCGAGCAACUCUUUACAGCUCUUAUUAGAGGGCUGGGGAUUGAAGCGAGAAUGGUUGUUAGUCUGCAACCGAUUGGCUUUGGAUGGAGCCAGAACGAACAAGGCAAACCAAAAAAACUGGACAGGCCGAACAACACAAAGCUUACCAAUCAGCAUAUCCCGGUGACAAGUACUCCAAUCAAAAGCAAAGCCAAGUCCCGGCCCGCUGCAGAAAAGAGGGGCGUAUCAAACGACGUAAAAAUGGAUGACAGUAGCGACUUGAGUAGCGUCAUCUCCAUAUCAUCGGAUUCGGAAGACAUCAAACCAAUAAAAAGAUUGCCAAAACAGCGCAACUAUGGUGAGGAGUUGCCAUACCCUACGUACUGGACCGAAGCCAUAUCGCCUUUGACACACACACCGAUAUCGGUAUCACCACUUCCUUGCACCAUAAUCGCAAGUGCAUCUUCUCCAGACAAACUUUCCGACUUUUACGCUCGGGGCACAGCAGCCGACAAGGCAAAACAGGUAUUGGCAUACUUGAUCGCCUUCUCUUCCGAUGGCACUGCCAAAGAUGUUACAACGCGCUAUUUGCCUAAACGUCAGUGGCCUGGUCGGACCAAAGGUGUCCGUAUGCCAAUGGAGAAAGUGCCAAUUCACAACAAGCAUGGCAAAGUCAAGCGAUGGGAAGAAUGGGACUGGUUCAAAUCUCUAAUGCGCCCUUACGCGCGAUCUUUUGACAAGCGCCAGCCUUGGGACGAGGUUGAGGACGAGGGUGAUCUUGUGCCAGUACAGCCAACGAAGAAGGACAUGGAUGUUGAAGGGGGCAAGGAGACACUUCAAGGAUAUAAACACUCGGCCGAAUAUGUCUUGGAGCGUCAUCUUCGACGCGAAGAAGCCCUCAGGCGCGGUGCGAAUAUUGUCAGAUACUUUAUCACGGGCAAGGGUGAUAAUGAAAAGUCCGAGCCAGUGUAUCGCCGCAAAGACAUUGUCCUAUGCAAGACGCAAGAGUCCUGGCACAAAGAGGGCCGAGAAGUGCUGGAGGGUCAACAACCGCUCAAGCUUGUGCCCAUGCGCGCCGUCACUGUCACCAGGAAGCGUGAGAUUGAGGAGCGUCAGCGCGUCGAAGGCGGCAAGGUCAAACAGGGCCUCUAUUCUAAAGAGCAAACGGACUGGAUCAUCCCUGACCCUAUCGUUGAUGGCAAGAUUCCGCGCAAUACAUUCGGAAACAUCGAUGUAUAUGUCCCCACCAUGGUGCCUAAAGGGGCUGUUCACGUACCUCUCAAAGGUACUGCGCGGAUAUGUCGAAAGCUCAACAUCGACUAUGCGGAAGCAUGCACAGGCUUCGAGUUUGGCAAACAACGCGCUGUGCCCGUGAUCACGGGUGUCGUGGUAGCAAAGGAGCAUCAAGGCGUGCUUAUCAACGCUUGGGAGGCCGAGGAGGCCGAGAAACAGAGAAAGGAAAGGGAAAAGAGGGAGAAAUUCUUACUGGGACUUUGGAGGAGGUUUGCGUCUGGGUUGAGAAUCGUUGAUAGGAUGAAAGAAGAGUAUGGAGAGGACAUGGAGCUGCCUGUCAAGGAAGAGGUGGUACAACUGGAGGAAGAGAAAGACGGAGAGAAAACGUCACAAUGGGAAGUGUUCCAAAACCACACCGAUUUCGAGGGUGGCUUUGUGCGUGACGACGCAGAGGCCUUUGAAGACAGUGGUGGGGGGAUAGACAAAACGCAUCAAAUACGAAAGCGCGACCAAGACAUGGCGGGCGGCUUCCUGCCAGCUAGCCAGGAAGAAAAUGGAGAGCUGGUGAUUGAUGCGGGCGAAAAGAAAGACUUGCAUCGUUACGGCAAACUCGAAGCAAAGGGUGCGAACAAGCAGAUGGGGGUGAAGCGGCGGGUUCAAAGCAAGACAUGGGAGAUGGGCAGAUGA